ACUGCUUGUGUGUGUAUGCUUUGUGUGUGUGUGCAUGUGUGCACACGUGCGCAGCCAGGUAUGCAUGUACAUGCACUCUGUGUGUAUGUGAACACUGCACACUGCACUGUGUUCAAGAGGUGUGUUUUGGAGUAAGGGGGUGCACAUGCUCCAGGUGUGCACUGCACAUUCUGUUUGUACCCCCAUGCGUGUCUCCACUGUGUGUGUGUGUGUGUGUGUGCGCGCGCAUGCACCCUGUGCGUGAACGUAGUGUGUGUGCACACACAAUUUUGGUGCCUGUACUGUGUACAUGCUGUGUGUGCAUGUGCAUGUGUGUGUGUUUGUGUGCGUGCACUCUGUGCAUACUGUAUCCAGCCCAUGUUCCUCCCAGAGAAUUUCUCCUUGCAGAAGAUCGGGAGCUGAACUGGGAGGACUCAUUCCCAGGAGGUUUCUCCCAUCUCAGUCCAAUGGAUGUGACUGCUGUUCCCACACACAGGUGCAAUAGUUAGUCUUCCAAACAGCCACAUCACAUUCAAGAACAUGCGCACAUACUUCACUGGCACGAAUAGCAAAACAGAUUAACAUAGAGCAGCACCUUUACCAGCACCCGCUUAACACAAAAAGCACAACCCAGUCCCCGUCUUCCUCUUCAGCUGAACAGGGCUGAUGUUCAGUAGUGAAACACACACACACAUCACUCCCUAAAUUUGCAAGCACGGCACGUUCAUGGGGCCCUUAAAUAUUAGCAUGGGAAUUCAAAUCUGGGGCUGGAUGUCAAUUUACUUAUCCAGUAAUUAGCACAGACUUUGUGUAUUUUCAGGUCUAUCUCCUCUUGCUUGUGAGCUAGUCCAGCUCCAAGUUUCCCAGUGAAUUGCACAUGCACACAGCGCUCCCACCAGUCGCUGGCCCUAGACACUGGGUGUUUCCAACUGGGGGGUCCCCCGACCUGUGUUCCCUCCUGCCAUUGCUAGCAGCCAGGCCUCUGGGCCCACCCCACCCCGGGGACAGAGCGGAGCCGCACAGAGAAAGGUUGGGAAUCACUCUCAACAAGAAGGUAGGACGGGUUGUGGUGGUUAUGUGCAAGGCUCAGCCAAACAAGCAAUCCAACUAGCAGCUUAGGGGUGACUGGCUCCUUGAUCCCCCUUUCUCUCCAUUUUCCAUGCUUUUAUAUCCCACUCACCUGCCUUGAGUGCUCCCUUUCUCCACCCUUGUGUCCUCCCAAAUGAGGGACCUACCUGUGAUUGUUUUUUCCCCCUUGCUCCCAGGUUAGCUAGGCUUGUGAACAGAUUUGGUGUCCCAGGUGACAUUAGUUAGAUCACCUUGGACUUCUGUGGCAUUACUGAUGUGGUUUCCUGGCUACUGCUGUCCCUGCCAGACUCCUCUCCCCAAAAUGACCCCAACCAUUCCUUCAUGUAUCUGUGAAGUGUGGCCACCUCUCACAUAAUUCUCCUUUAACCACGUCCAAAAUCUGGUGCUGGAAUAGCAGAGUAUCCACAGAAGACAAGUCUUCUCUAAGGCCUUCUUCUGCCUGCUCUAAGCAGAUAUGGGGCACCACCUUCAGGUCAAUUUUCAAAAAACAAAUCAGCCUUGAGUUCAGUUUGAGGCCCAGUCCUGCUGCCUGUAGGGCCUUGAUAGCAGCUAUUCCAUUUUCAGACAGAGCCUGGCCUGCCAUCCUAAGGACCAGGUUGUGCACUCAGUUGUGUGCCUUACAUAUAUCCACACAAGCCAGGACGGCAGCAGGAAGCUCCUGCACUUUUCACAAGCGUUGAGGCUGCCGUUCUUCAAGCUACCACCUCCAGGAACCUAGCCCCACUCAGCAAAGGCAGCGCACGUGGCUGGCUCCUGCUUUUCUCCCAUGACUGCCCUGUGCUCCAUCAGGUGAGCAAGGCUCCACCAUCUGCUGUGGAAGGGAGCCUGAUGAGAUUAGGCUGAUACAGGAUUUACCAAAGUCACGGAGAAUGGCAUGUGGAGAGUGGAGCUGAAUGGAGAGUGAGGAUGAAAGCAGGAGCAUCCUUCUUUUCUAGAGCUUGACAUUGCAAGACCUUGGCCACGCAUACCGGGUGCCACAACUGCCCUUGUCUACCUUGUCCCAGAGCAGCAACAGAACUCAUAGACAGCAAGGACAUGAAGCCUGUCAGUGGAUGUUGCUAUGGCUGACGUAGCCAGUGUGGACUGUCCUGCAUCUGCGUUUCACUGUGCUGUGUGCACGAAGGUUGACGUUGCUUGGGUCUGCUUGGCUUAUUUGCCUUGCACAUCACUGCUUGCCUGCAGCGGCUGUAACCAGAUUGGCUCUACAACACCCAAACUUGUGCAUACUGCCUGCGGUAGUUGUGUUCUCUGGUGUCUGUUUUUGGGAAGGACCUGGUGGCAAAAGGCUGCAGAGAGCGGGGUGGCAGUGAAUGAACUUCCCAAAGAGGCUGUGAUGCCACACUUGUUUUUUUCCUGCUAGCCAUGAGCAGGCAGUGCUUGGAGCCAGGCGCUGCUGCCUGCCACGGGGCCUACACACCCUCAUCCCGCAGGCAGAGCAGUGGGUGGGGGUCUGCCGGGGGCGUCCGAUCCCGGCUUCUGCCUCCCCUCCUGCUUCGAACCUGCCCCGUCCCCCCCGUCCCCGUCCCCGUCCCCCCCCAAGGGGCCACCGUGCCUAGCACCCGGAACCAGUGACUCUGUGACAUCAGCCCUGUUGCUGAGGGCACCGCGGGCAACGUGAGUGCUGCGGGCACUGUGUCGGCUGCUGCGCCACUGGCAACGAGCCCUCGGUUCCUACAGCCCGCACGUGCUGCUGGUAGCGAUGCGCUUGCUCCCCCUCCUCGUCCUGCUGGCCGUGUGCUGGCCUGCGCGUGGCACAUGGGACAACUGUGGAGGGACCUGCGGGCUCCGGCCCAUGGCUUCUUACUACGGCAUGUCGCGUGUCGUGGGUGGCACAAGCUCCCACCCAGGGGCCUGGCCCUGGAUCGUCAGCAUCCAGAAUCCCUGGCUAGCAGGUGUGGGGCAUAUAUGCGGAGGGUCCCUCAUCAGCCCACAGUGGGUUCUCACAGCAGCCCACUGCUUCGUCGAGGCCAGGGACAUCAGGACGUGGCGUGUGGUGGUCGGGACCACCUACUUGACUCAGCUGGGCCCUGAGUCCCAAGUGCGCGGUAUUAGGCGGCUGGUGGCUCACCAACGCUAUAGUAAUAUCUCGCAGAGGAACGACAUUGCGUUGCUGGAAUUGGACCAGCCUGUACAGUGUGGCUACUAUGUACAGCUUGCCUGUGUGCCCAACGCCUGGCUGAAAGUGUCAGAGCUGACAGACUGCUACGUCAGUGGCUGGGGUUCCACACAUGCAAAAUCUGGAGGAUCAACUGCUGUCCUGCAGGAAGCCAGGGUCCCCCUCAUUGAUGUCAACCUCUGUAACAGCAGCCAGUGGUACAGAGGAGCCGUCCACACCCACAACCUGUGUGCUGGCUACCCGCAGGGCGGCAUUGACACCUGCCAGGGUGACAGCGGUGGUCCUCUCGUCUGCAAAGAUAAAAAUGCUGACUACUUCUGGCUUGUUGGAGUGACCAGCUGGGGGAAAGGCUAUGCAAGAGCAAAACGGCCUGGAAUCUACACCUCCACUCAGCACUUCUACGACUGGAUCCUGACACAGAUGGGAUUUCGCUCAGCAGCAAGGGCUUCUCCAACAUCAGGGGCAUGGAGUCAUUUUCUCACUGCCUCAGCCCCUUAUCAGAGGCCAACACCAACACAAUCGGGCAAGUUUAGCUCCUGCCCCUUUCCCCUUGGGAAGCUGGUGGAAUUCUUUUCUCGGGCGCAGGAGCUCCUGCUGUUCCUAAAGGAAAAAAAGGCUUGAGCAACAGGAUGAAGAGGAUCCAGUGCAGGCUUGCAGCGUACCACGACCAUUUCUUUCUGGGGCACUGCCUGCUGAGCCAAAGGCAGCCUCAGUGUCAAAGGCCUGCUCCGUCCUGCCCACGCUCCUCCGAGCACACACCAGUGCUGAAGUUGACAUAGUUCUUGAAAUAAACUCACCAGUUUUCACAGCUAA